GCCAUGUGAUUUAAAGUGUCAUAGAAAAAAAUCAAAGUUUCAAUGAGGCCACUUGACACGUUCAACCAUGGAUAUUUUGGAUAGUAUUCGUUUGUUAGUUGAUAACUUUAUACUUGAUAUACGUCACACCAGUUUUGUCUACAAACGACGGACAUGUUUUCAGUUUAUACUUCAAUUAAAAGAACUGUUAAUUAUAAAGAAAAGCUGCCAUCAUUUUAAUACUUUAAUAAUUUAACACAUUAUGUAUAUAAAAUAUGAUUUAAAAAACACGUGAUCAGUGACGUCAGUUGGAAGUAUUCAAACUAAUUGUAGAGAUCCGAAAGUAGUGCUUCUGUAUUUCAUCACAUAUUUCACACAAAAUACAAACUUAAAGGUUAGACUAUAAUGAAAAGUGUGUUUUAAUUAGUAUCAGUUAAACGUCUCACAAGGCAACUCACUCGGGCCAAAAACGUACCUAACUUCUUAGUCUUCGUUGGUUUACAUUAAUUAACAAACGUAUCCGCUAUUGCCAUGUUUUUGUAUCUAGUUAUUACAUUUAAUUUUGAAUACAUUUGUAUAUAUCUGUAGGCAUAUACCUUUAAAACUUUGUGUGAAAACAGUUCUGAUUACAAAAAAAACCACCUGACGUUAGCAAACAACAUGUGAUCGCUAUUGAUAAACAUGACAAGGUUAUUUGUCACAAACAAGACCAUCUGAAACUGACUUGUUAAUUAACUUCAGUUUUCAAAACACCGCUCGCAACUUGCAGGAAACUGCACAUAUACUUGCCAUUAACAGAAGUGAAUUAUAAAAUUUGUUUCAGACGUAAAAGUUAGCGGGAAAAUGGAUAUUCGAUUUGCUGCGUUACUUUUUGUACUAUGCUUGUGCGUAACAACAUCUCUUAGUAAAAGCAUACCGGAGGCCGCUGAAAUCGAUGCAAAUAUGGAAAAGGCAGAUCGUUUGGAAAGAGCAGCGGCAGCAACUGAUAAUGCCAGACGAAAAAGAGCUGACAGUAAUGCCAUGAUUGGCGUUGAUUCAAAGGAUUCUACGGGAGAGGAGCUUAGCUCAAAGAGGAAAAAGCGUUCUGCUGGUGAUGCUACUAGUGAAUCUAGUGAUGACAGUUCCAGUGAAUCUAGUGAUGACAGUUCCAGUGAUUCUAAGGAUGACAGUUCCAGUGAUACGGGAGAGGAGUCUAGCUCAGAGAGGAAAAAGCGUUCUGCUAGUGAUGGCACUACUAGUGAUUCUAAGUCGUAAUUUUGUUCUGUCUGGGUUUAAAUUAUAUUUUAAUUGUUUAAAAUUGUACUCAUUUGUUAUAUAAAGUGUAUAUAAUAAAGAAAAACUGGGGA